CAAUAUUUCCUACAGAACUAAAAAAAAAAACAAAAUCAAGAAAAACAUUUUCAAAAAUAAUAAUAAUAAUAAUGGCGGCAGAAUCCGACUACAUUUUGCUUGAGUCGAUAAGACGACACUUACUAGGAGAAUCGGAUUCGUGGCUCAGUGAGUCGACGGCGAGUUCGGUGAUCCAAUCCGGUACAGCCGUUAAACCGGUGUACGCAAGAAACCCUAGCUUCAGCAAGUUGUACCCUUGUUUCACUGAGAGCUGGGGAGACUUGCCGCUGAAAGAAAACGACUCGGAGGACAUGUUAGUCUACGGCAUCCUCAACGACGCGUUUCACGGCGGAUGGGAACCGUCGUCUUCCUCCUCCGACGAAGAACGAAGCUCUUGUCCGGUGGUUAAAGUUGAGAAGGUGGAUUAUGUCCCGGCGAAGAAGAAGACGAGUCCGGUUAAGGCGGCUACGGAGAAGGGGAAGCAUUACAGAGGAGUGAGGCAGAGGCCGUGGGGGAAGUUCGCGGCGGAGAUAAGGGAUCCGGCGAAGAAUGGAGCUAGGGUUUGGUUGGGGACGUUUGAGACGGCGGAAGACGCAGCGUUUGCUUACGACAGAGCUGCUUUCAGGAUGCGUGGUUCCCGCGCUCUUUUGAAUUUUCCGUUGAGGGUUAACUCGGGAGAGCCCGACCCGGUUCGGGUUAAGUCAAAGAGAGGUUCUUCUUCUUCUUCUGAAAACGGAGCUUUGAAGAGGAGAAGAACGGUGGCUUCUGCUAACGUUGUGGGUCAAGAAACAGAUACGGGAUUGAUGAAGGUCAAGUGUGAGGUUGUUGAAGUGAGACAUGAUGACGAUCAUUUAUUUAUUAUAUAGUUUUUGGAGUUUCCUUUGUUCGAUAAUUUUUUCCCCAAAAAGGUCUGGACUCUGGACGAAACGCAGAGUGAGAAAGGAAAGUGUUAAGAAAAUAAUAUUCAUUUAUUAAUUUUAAACCUUCCAAUCAUUCCA